AGCCCGCUUCAGGUCAGAUCUUAGCCCGCGGUAUAGGCUGGAAUAGAGUGUCAUCCACCGCAGCAGAGACUGAGGUGACCCCAUCUUAUUACUGGGGAGAGUUCUUUAAUUCGUAUAUAAUUCGUGUAUAACAAUUAUUAUUGUUUUAUUAUUGCACACUGAUCAGAGUGACAUUUAAAGAGAAUUUAAGAAGAAAACACAUUCUUAAUGUGGUAGGCUAUGAAUUUGUUUUGUGUUGGUAGAUUUUUUUUUUGUCUAGACACUAUUGAUACUGUUUAUCCUAAAAAUUACUCCACGCGUGCAUGUAGUCUGGUCUAAUAUUACAAUUUUAAAAAUUAUUUUUUUAGUUGCGCUCAGUUAAAGGUGUAGGUAGUUAGGCAGCAAACUAAAAAAACUGUCUAAUAAAUGCCAUAAACCUAUAAUAAAUACAGUUUAAUACCUUUCUGUAGGAGAGUUUUCCUUUAUUAGCGUCGAUUUUUUUUAUUACUUUCAAAUGACAGUGAGGUCGCAAGGGGGCGCUGAUAAGUAAUUUCACCAGCUUUAUGAAGUGAAUGAGAUUGAAUGAAGCAAUGUUUGAUCUUAUUUUCUGUCACAUAAUUUACGUUAAGUUAUUAUUGUGUUCAUAAGAAAUUGGUUUUCAUUUGGUUUUCUUUCAUUAGUUAUAAUGACUGUAUUUCUGCAGGGUAACAUUAUUGUGCAUGCUUUCUGUGCCACUGUCUUUGAGAUUAUAGAUCACAUUUUUUUCCCUUUACAUUAUUUGCUCAUACUUGGCUCAAAAAAAAAAUCCCAAAUAAACCCAAACUGAAGCAACUUUGUGACUGCAUUGAAAAUGUUUACACAUAGGUGCUUUAACCCCUUCAAAAUGCAUCUGCCUUUUUCGGUGACAACACAUGUGUUGCCAAGAAUUAUUCAGUGAAAGUGAACUUUAUUUUCCAAGUAAUAGCACGUAUAGCAUACAUGUUAACUUUUUGAAAUGCGUAUGAAAUUAACUCUAUAUGAGGAAGUGGCACUUAAUGGCAAAAGAGAUGGAAACAUUUACCACAAUAGGCACAGUUUUGUUAUUGGUAUGUUUUGGUAUUUUUUUUGCUUCUUCUAAGACUGUGUUACAUAAUGUGGAAAAUGUUUAAUUUUUAGAGUACUCUGGGAUCGAUUUAAGUUAAUAAUUUCAAGGUCAGUUUUUGUUGCACUGGUUCUCUUAAUGGCCCUGAGAGAAUUGCGUCAGAAGUGAACGUCAGUCAUCUGUGCAGUUGCCCGAGUGUACCGCCAGGUGCAGUAAAGUGACCACAAUAGCGCCUUAUGUGGGGAAAACCACAUGGAUGACAAAACAGCUCUGUCUUCACUGGUGGAUUUGAAGUGCUGUAGUCAUUCAAAUGGAGACCAGAUGUUUUUAUGAGUGUGCGCACAGAGUUUCAUAUCAGAUCUGAUCUAUGCUUGGCUCAGCUGUGAAGCCUGUUUAGGAACGUCACUGGUGCAGCAGCUGAGUUUGCCAGUGUCUGGAUAUCUGACACAUUAAUCUUGCAUUCUUUUCCAUAUGCAGCAUGUGAAGCUGCUUAUGCAGACACUGAACAAUGAGGGGACAAAUGCUGCAUAGAGACCAGACCCAGAUGUAGAUGGCUGACAUAUGGGAAUCGAUUUGAAUCAUUUGUGAACUCUGUCUGAAAGUUUUUUCUUUUCUCUGUUUUUAGGGUGCUAGGUGCGGUACAAAUUUCUAUUUUUGGAUAUUUUCUUUUUUCAGUGUAUAUGUAGAUAAUGGUGCUAGUGAGGUACUCGAGAUGGAUUUGGUCUGUCAGCGAAGAACUUAUGAUGUCACAAAGAACUUAUGUUGCGACAAGUGUGUUUGCACCUUAAAAUACUAACAAACUGGCUAAAAGUUUAGUUUAAUUUUUAAAAAAUAAAUUAUACAGUAUCUUAUAUUAUGAAGAUACAUUUAAGGCCAUUCUGCAGCAAACAAAUUUAAACCAAAGCUUUAAUAAGCCUUAUCAACACCUCUGAGAUUAAUGUGUGUUCAUUACAUAUUCAAACAAAGAGAUGUGAGCUGCCAGCCUAUGUAGAUAAAUUUAAACCACAAACUUUUUUUUCAUUAUAAGGUGACAGUCCAAGGUUAUGACUUUGAGACUUUGAGCCUUUGUCCAAAUCCUAGACAUUAAUUAAACCUCUUAAACUGAAUUUUUGUUGGCAAAGCAGAAAUUUUCAAACUGAAAGUUUAGCUUUAAGUCAAAUGCCUGAUUUGAUUUGUUUGGCUUAUUUAGGAGCUUUGGAGUAAGUUGUGUUGCAGCCUUAGAAGUCAGCCGUAACAGUAUUUUAUUUGAUAUUUAGGUGUUGCAACUGAAUUCUGUGGAGGAAUACAAAUAUACAAGAUUGCCUGUAUUGUACAGUACUGUGACGCAUCUAUUACAGCUCUUAAAAGUGUUAAAAUAUUUGGUUUAUUUAUAAACUGAGGGUUUAGUGGUUUUCUCUGUCAAUCAUCACUUUAGUGAGUUGAGACGUUCUUGAUCUGUGUGUCCAGUUCUGAUAGAUUGUGGAGACAUAGGCAUCCUGGAAUAAAUAAAUCCUGGAUACUUUGGUCUGCUUCCUUAUUUCCCAAGGGGUUGCCACAGCAGACAGAUCUGCACGUUUGAUUUGGUACAGACUUUACACAAGUAAGCCUUCUUAAAACCUCCAGUUUAUCUGGGUAUGGCAUUGGCAUUGGGGCUAUCUAAGCCAGAAAUCGGGUUUUUGUGUGUCCCCCAAUCUUGAACUGGGGAUCAUUUGCAGAUUAUGCCUGGUGUCUAAACCCACAAAUAUUCCUUCUGUACUUAGCUUUAGAGCUCAAGCUUCAAAUCCAGAAAACAGAUUUUUUUUUUAGAAUCACACCUGGCUGAUGGGUAUGCUAGAUAUUUGUUUAAGUGUCAAUAAGCAGCUUUGAGCAACCGUCCUCCUGUCGUAAUUUUAUCUGGAAAUUUUACCCCCAGCAGAAGCAAAACUUACAAUUAACAAGCCAAUGGUGAAAUAAUUGGUUUGUAGCAUUUAUAUUGUUAAAUUCACUCCCAAUGACAAAUAUAGGCAUGAAGUCUUGCUAAAAACAAAAAAAAAAGCAUCCAAGAGCUGAAGCGAGUUAAAAAGUUUAACCACCUCAUCAUAUAGAGCUCAACUGGUCUUGCAGUAUUUGAGCGUGAUGAUCAUGCAGAGCUGAGUUCAGCAGUCAGAAAUGUGGUGGCUCAUGAAGUGGAAAUCUUCUGUCACACUAGAGUUAUUCUUAAAACUUAGCCACAGGAAACAUAGCCACACCAGAAGCAAGACUGCCCAGUCCAGAAUACAUGUGUCUGCUGCUGAAUAAAACCACAUCAGACUAACAUCAACUAACUCAAGAUGAUUCAGAAUACAAGUUCCCCUUUUGUAAUCACACAUGGCAGAAAGUGAGUGGAAAGCAAUGAAAGUUUGACAUGUAUUAAAAGUCUGCAUUAUGGCUUGGGCCUAAUAAUGAAGUGUGAUACUGCUGCUAUAUGUGAACUGGACAUGAUUCAAACCCAGUAUCACAUAUAUCUAUUUUUUUCUUUAUGGGGUAUAUAAACAAUAAAAAUCCACUUUGUGACAUGGUAGCUAUGUUGACAGAGCCUCUGUAUGUUUUUGUGCAUCUGUAAUGUGAGUCUGGAUUCCUGUUGUCAUGUGGUAUAGCAGUUGAGCUCUGAAACCCAGACAGCGGCGUGUUGAAACAAGUUUGAUAAGGGCUGGAGUCACUGCGCUCCCUCUAAGGACAGACCACAGCCAUUUCAUCAUGGCUUGCGACAUAAAGUUAAACACAAGGACAUCUCUGAGUACACAGAAGAUGUUGUAGCUCUUUCACGAUCACCGCUCAGGUAUUUGAGCAUGGACGGAGACGGUGACACCAUUAAUCUCAUUCACUGUCAUUUACAAGAUUGAUUCUGUAAUGUGAUACGUAUGAUGCACUCGGUGAUAUACAUCGUCUAGACAAAAAGGAAGAGAAAUAUGCAGAAAUGUUUGCCCUCAUUUUUUGCAUCUAACACUUUAAGCCAUUCUUUCACAACAUGAAUGAAUGCAGGUGUUUGUGUGUGUAAAAAGAGAAAAAAAAGAGUCGUCAUCCAAUGAAAUUAUCUGAAUGGUGUCGCACCAUCACCUAGUGCUUUUAAAAAAGCGAGAGCCUUGUAUUAAACAUGCCACUUGAGGGUGUGGGGAGGGCCAUUAAACCCAGGAGAAGUUUAUGAAAAUGUGAAGCGGGCUCUGAAGUGUGCUGCUGAAUUGUGGUCUUUGUGAGCUUAAGCUAGGGUGGAUUAUGCCAGCUAGUGAGAGGAACAGACAGGGGCUGUGUUUAACUUGGUCGCUUGCCUAUUUCUGCUCUAUUCACGUGUGUGGCGCCAUGCUCGCACUAAACAGACAAGCCUGUAUGCUGAGGCCGGGACAGUCACUGGGAGAGUGGCAGGGACCUUGAUUGGCACUGGGUGUGUCUGCUGGUACCAAAGCAUAUUUCAGGUAUUAGAAGGCUGUUAUUUUAUGGUGUAAACUGGCUGACAGAAGUGGACUUUAAAAUCAUAAGAAUAUAUGAUUUAGUUUGCCAUUCCAAAUGGAGUAAGUGACUUGCUUUUGAAAAUAUUGGAGAUGGGUUUUUUUCUUUAGCUUAGAGGAGAUUCAUUUUUGGUUUUACUUGUAAAACCUGAAAAGAAGGCGGAGUCAAAAAAUCCAACCUUGUAACGCCGUUUUUAUGCUGAGCUUUGUUUAGUUUCUGGAGGGUAUGUUUGGGAUAUUUUCCACAAAAAAUAGUCCAAAUGAGAUGUGUUUGCAAUACUGGAAAUAAUAAGCCAUGUGGAGUUGCCUGGAUAGAGCGCAAAUAAAGUGAAUGCACCGAACUGUCACCUACACUGCCCAUACAUUGGUGCAAUCUAGCAGUUUCAAAGAGCGGCUAAUAUCUGAUCCCACUGGGACAGGACAUUUACCUUUUCACAAGCUUCUAAAAAGCUUUAGGAUUGCAGGGGAUGUGUUGCUCUGUCAUUAAUAAGCAUAAGGGAAUCACAAAGAAUGUGUUUAAGGGAGCAUGUGAUUGUUUAUCUUUAUUUUAAUGCAUUCUACAUUGAUUUAGCUGUUACUUUGUUACUGUCCUGGAAUCUCUUACAAGAAAAUGAGCUUGCGGAGUUGCAUAUGAAUAAAUAAACAAAUAAAUGGGGGCGAGGGGGGGAUUAUAUGCAAAAAGAAGUUGUAAUAAGUUGUAGCGAUUGUCCCAUAAAUACCUAAUUUUUCCUUUUGUUCUACACAGCUUUAUUUAAAGUCACAGUUUGAUAGAUGUCUGUUGGUCCAUGGCAGAAAAUGGAAAGUCAUUAAAUCUUUGUGUACCAGCUACAACAGCUGCAAUUAUGAGGAACUAUUACAUGAUAAUAGUCAGAUUGUACAAAAGUGAGACUAAACAUUAUUGUGUCAGGGAGAUGAAGCCUUUAAUUUUGAUCAUCAGAACUGAUUAAAGUACUUGCUGGAGAUUGAUCUUUACUUUUCAGUUUAGUAAAGUGGAAUUAGGUCAGUCGUGUUCCAACUCCAAGCUAUUUUUCCUCUGAGUAGCUGACACUUAUAGGCAGCCUACUGAGAGCACUUCCUGUGACUGGCUGUUAUGAGAGGCUGUUAUGUGGUGGGUGUGGGUGAGCAGAAAUGAGACUUCGCAAAUGAAGAACAACUUCUCGCUCUCAUUCCCGUUCCGUAGUUUUCUCGAAAACGACACCAAGAAUUUCUCGUGCAGUAAAUUUGGUGCCUGUGUGACCUGCAACAGCACAAGUAUUGUUCUAGCACAGGGAGGGUCUGAAAGCCACUAUUUUUGUAAGCCCUCCCAAACCCCUCUUCAUCCUCUCCUGCUCUCCUUACUCAGUUCAUAGGCAUUCCAGUGGUAUUUAUAUUUCCCUCCAGAGCAGGGGGAAGUUGACAAGUAUUCACACAGACAUUGGAUUCAGCUCAGAAAGGUGGGCAGUACUCCCACUGCCUGCUUGCAAUUGGUUUCAUUGUGGUCACAUGGCCUGCAGAGACAGGCUGAAGUGUUGGCACUCCUCCCCCCAUAGCCUCCGCUGUGCCCUCCCUCUCUGCUCACUUUAGGCUUUUCACGCAUGUAUGUGAAGUUUUCUGUUGGUCAGACCCUGUGUGGUUGAGUGUUUAUCAGCCAGGGGAUAGGGGCUUAUUACAGUUAUGUUUUGGGAGCUUCCCGAGUCCACGGCCAGUGAGUGCCUCGGGAGUAUGACCCCUGAGACUCAGGAUAUAUACCUGAGAAUGGACCAUCACCGCAGACGCUCUGGCUACAGGUUGGGCAGGAUUAUUGCCAGGCAGCAACUACUCAAGAAGAUUGCUGGAGAAAUUGAGGCGAAAGAGGCGUGUGAUUGGCUGCGGGCAGCAGGAUUUCCCCAGUAUGCUCAGCUCUUUGAAGAUUCGCAGUUUCCCAUUGACAUUACUCCUGUGAAAAGAGAUCAUGAUUUUUUGGACAAAGAUCUUGUGGAACCUCUGUGCAGGCGACUCCACACUUUAAAUAAGUGUGCCUCUAUGAAACUUGACGUGAAUCUUCCAAAGAAGAAAAGUGAAGACUCUGAUGAAGACGAUCUGUUUGCUAUUAGUGACAAAUGGACCUUUGAGUGGAGCAGCCGGCGUUGGUCCAGGUUACAGGACAUUGACAGUCUGCUGGGAAAUCACAGAGAGGGUGAGCUCUCCAGAGAUGGUGUGCCUCUGAGAACUACCACCAGCAGCGAGAGUGUUCUGACAGACCUCAGUGAGCCAGAGGUCUCUUCUUUGCACAGCGAGAGCAGCGGAGGCAGCGGUCAUCGGGGCCUCAGCACAGAGGACUCUGAUUGUUCUAACCACACCUGCUCAGACACUGCAGCAAUGCCAGACUCAACUUCUCUCACAAUGCCUCACAUCCCCAAAGAAUUUGCUCACUUCAAUUCACCAUCUGACAAGCACAGCAAAACAACCCACUCUCGUGCCAAGGAGUUACUAAAGCGUAUGGAUACACUGAGCUCCCGAGGUACUCUGGGAAAAGGCCAUAAGACGCUGGUAAUCAGCUCUCCUGUGCUGCAGCAGGAGGCCCAGGCCCUGAAGAAAUUGAGGUGUGAAGACAUAAUAAAUGGAGAUGGUAGAGCUCUGGAACCACCAUGCAAUAAAAUUCUGCCGUCCCACUCCAGUAGUGAGGGUAGCAGCCAUUCUGGUGGCAGCACUGUCAGCACACCCAGCCUAAAAGAGCGUAAGCCUCACCGUGUUGACCAUAAACGCAGUGGCAUGUAUUUGGAGGACAUGGACAUCUUCUCAGGAUCCCAAAUGAAUAAAGUUGCAGAACAAAAUCGUAGAAAUGAAUUUUGCUCUUAUGAAAACCUCGUGGUCCACAUUCCCAAAGACCACAAGCCAGGAACCUUCCCCAAAGCAUUGUCCAUAGAGAGCCUGUCCCCAACUGGUGGCGCCUCAAUUAACUGGCACACUGGCAGCAUGCACCUGGACUCCCCUUUAAUUUCAUGCAGAAAGGAAACACGGCCUGCCACCCAGUCCUCUUCCAGAGGUAGCCGCAUCAGUGUGUACGAUAAUGUUCCUGGCUCGCAUCUGUAUGCCAGCACUGGAGACCUGAUAGACCUGGAGAAAGAGGAUCUGUUUCCACACCUGGAUGAUAUCUUACUGCAUGUCAAUGGUCUACAACAGAUAGUGGACCACUGGUCAAAAAAUGUGUUACCUGGAGGCGAGGGGAUAGUACAGAUCGAUGACGGGAAGGAUGAUACAGCAGGGCUUCAGUCCUCUAGUCAGAUUACAUUGGACUUUGAGGGAAAUUCUGUCACGGAAAGCCAGAUCGUGCCUAGUGAUGGAGACAGAGACAAAGUAUCACUUACAGAGACAGAAUCUACAAGGCUCAGGGAAAGGAGGGACUCCGGUGUAGGUGCAUCACUCACAAGACCUAAUAGGUUAAGAUGGCCCAGCUUUCAGAUAUCUAAUCGUCUAAGUCACUCAAGAGCAUCCCUGCAGAUCACAAACCAAUCAGCAGGCCAGCUGAGUUUGUUACAAAAGUUUUCACUGUUGCGUUUGACUGCAAUCAUGGAGAAGUAUUCCCUGACCAAUAAACAUGGCUGGACUUGGUCUGUGCCAAAAUUUAUGAAGAGAAUGAAGGUACCAGAUUAUAAGGAUAAGAAUGUGUUUGGAGUUCCUCUCAUUGUGCAUGUGCAGCGUUCAGGACAGCCCUUGCCCCUCGGCCUGCAGCAGGCCCUGCGGUACUUGAGGAGUCAGUGUCUUGACCAGGUGGGUCUUUUUCGUAAAUCAGGCGUGAAGUCUCGAAUCCAAGCUCUGAGGCAGAUGAAUGAAAGUUCUCCAGAAAAUGUAAAUUAUGAGGAUCAGUCUGCCUAUGAUGUGGCUGAUAUGGUGAAGCAAUUCUUCAGGGAUUUACCUGAGCCCCUACUCACCAGCAAGCUGGGAGAGACCUUCCUCCAUAUUUACCAGUAUGUACCAAAGGACCAAAGAUUGCAAGCUGUCCAGGCCGCCAUCAUGUUGAUGUCUGAUGAAAAUCGAGAGGUACUGCAGACGCUGCUCUGUUUCCUUAGUGAUGUCACUUCCUCUGUGGCGGAGAACCAGAUGACACCUAUGAAUAUUGCUGUGUGCCUGGCUCCGUCCCUCUUCCAUCUCAACAAAAUGAAGAAGGACAAUCUAUCACCAAGGGCCAUGCAUAAGAAGUAUGCUACUGGCAGACCAGACCAGAAGGAUCUGAAUGAGAAUUUAGCAGCGGCACAGGGCCUCGCUCACAUGAUCAUAGAGUGCAACCGCCUCUUUGAGAUCCCUCAUGAGAUGGUUACUCAGUCGCGUAAUUCCUACGUGGAGGCUGAUUUGCAUGCACCAACAAUUGACGAGCUGUGCAAGCAGUCGGAAGAUGAGGAUGGAACAUACCAAACACUUUUGGAGGGGAGACUUCAGAACCUGCUCAAAGAGGCCCGGGAAAAAUCCAAAUACUGGGUGUCGUGCAGCAGCUCUGAUAACACAGAGCUCUAUUAUAAGAAGGUGGGAGAUGGCAACCCUUUGAGACGUUGGAAAGUGUCUGUCGAGGUGGAAGCGCCGCCAUCUGUGGUGUUGAACCGGGUGCUGCGAGAGCGCCACCUGUGGGAUAUGGACCUCCUUCAGUGGAAAGUGUGCGAGACACUGGACAGGCAAACAGAAGUGUUUCAGUAUGUCCUGAGUCGCAUGCCCCCUCAUCCCAGCAGGGACUUUGUAGUUCUUAGGUCAUGGAGGACAGACUUGCCCAAAGGUGCUUGCUCCCUGGUUUCUGUGUCUAUAGAGCACGAAGACUGUCCUCCUUUAGGAGGGAUAAGGGCUAUAGUCCUGGAGUCUAACUACCUAUUAGAGCCCUGUGGCUCAGGAAAGUCCAGACUAACUCACAUCUGCAGAGUGGACAUGAAGGGACGGACUCCAGACUGGUACAACAAAGCCUUCGGCCACCUUUGUGCUGCAGAAGCUGCCCGAAUCCGCAACUCCUUUCAGCCACUAAUCACAGACGGCCCAGAGACCAAAAUCUGAAAUUCUUUGCUGCUUGUGUCUGCUCAGCCUUGAGAUCAACAUUGAGCCUUUGAGUCAUUGCUAACAGCCACAAAAAGUAGAGACGGGGCUCCAGAACGAAAGCACAGUUUAUUGUUUGUUUGUCUGAAUGCAAAAUGCUCUGAUAAUAACUUAUGGCUCCUCUGAAAUUGCACAAUUUUAAAAGAGGACAUCUUAUAGGUGCUGAGCAUAAUUCUUCAUUGGGAAAUUAAUUAUCCUGCCAAUAUCAUUGACAUUUAUGACUAUUUUAUUUACCUUCAUGUUUCUAAAACUGUAUGUUAUAAUAAUUAUCUUUAAUAAUAUUAUUGUAUUAUUGUUUCUACAAUGUCUAGGACAUUCGAGCUCUGAAAUGCUUCUGGGAAGCAUAUAUUUGUUUGUUUCAGAUUUAAAGCUAUAAUUAUUAUGAUGUACACUCAAGUGUAUAUAUGUGUGUCUGUGUGUGUGUGUGUGUGAAUAUACUGUAAAUUAAAUAGAAUGUAUAUUUUGUAUAUAUGUAUAUAUAUGUGUAUAUAUAUACAUAUAUAUAUAUGAAGGGGUAAUGAGUACAUAUGUUAAUUUUCCAUAUAUUAAUUCAUUUUUCUGUGUGAACCGUUCUGUCAAACACAUGGUACAAAAUUGUAAGCUGGUUUUACUUUGCUCCUUUAUUGCCAUUUUGAAAUGGAUGUAACUGUAAUAAACGUUGACCUUCAGUGGUUGUGAAGAAGGUGACUUAAGGUUUGACUUGAUCAUACCUGCUUUAGGGUACUGGAUUGUGCAGUCAGGUCCAAAAAUUUCUUUUUAAAAAAAAAAUAAAACCAUGAAAAU